GUAAAAACGGCGCAUCAUCUGAAGAAACUGCUGGCCCCUGGACGAUUCACAUCUACAUCAACCAUGCCUCUCGUUGUGCCACAAGUGUCGGAGAACGACAAGGCUGCCUGGGCGGCCAAGCUGAUGGGCAAGAAGAUUACAGACUCUGAGUCCAAUGAGACUUGUUUCGCAAAGAAAGACCUUCCUGAGGGUCACCGAGUACUCAAGCCCGGCGACAUGACUACGAUGGACUUCAACCCGGAGCGCUGGUCCUCUAGAUUUGGCUCUUCUAACCGCGAGCUGUGUAGGUUGAACGUUUACGUCGGCGAAGACGGCACCGUCAUGGAUGUCAAGCAUGGCUGA